CAUAAGAUAAGCUUUUACUUUUACAAAUGAAUGACAGCUGAGCUGUGCGCAGCCCUGUCGUCACCUGUGCGGGGUAUACAAAAUUUAUUUUGCUCGUGACUGAUAAACUAUCAUAAACAUACAUUUACAUAGUUAACAUAGCAAUUCAAUAUGAGUAUUAGUACUAUUAGCAUAGGAUGAUAAGAGGCAUGGGUUACCGAGGCAUAGAUCUAGAUUUUUAUCAUAGAAUAAUUAUAAUUUAAUAAGAAUAGAAGAUCAGAUCUAGACUAGAAUACUAGAUCUUCAUCAAGUUCAUCUAGACAAUCUAUAUCUAGAUCUAAGAUUAUUCUAGAUCUAGAAUUAGAUCAGGUUUGAAGGGCUUGUUUAACCUGAAGAAAUAUGUUGAAAGGACACAUGAGUCACAUGCAUUGGCAGAAACUGACCUUUAGAAAAGUUGCAUACUCCAUUCUCGGAAUAUAUGUACUUAUUACUUGCUAUACUGGUUUUCAUCUACUGAGCCGCAAAUUGCAGAAUGAGUUUAAACAAAAAAUUAUUCAAGAAAGGAUAAAAACAUUGUCAGAAAUAGCAGACGACCCAGACUGGAACCCUUGGGGUGAAGAGUUCGAGUCUGAACAAAGGCCACUACUCCACCACAAUGCGCCGGCUCUUUGGGAGGCUCAGCAGAUGGAAAUGGGCGCCCAGCGCGCCCCUGUGGCCCAACGUAGCCCUCUGGAGAGGCGUGUUAGUAAUAGGACGGAAUCUACAGAACACAUCGUGGAGAUCUGGGGGAAGGCAGCUAUAGGCUUGUAUCUGUGGGAACAUAUCAUUGAAGGAAUAUUGGAAGAACGUAUGAAUGGAGUCUGGAGUUAUGGAGAAAAAUCACUCAGUUCUAUUAGCUUCAGAUUCCGAACAGGUCCUGGUGUGGUUCCAAGCAAAGUUCCUAGAUCCACUGAGAACUUGCUGCUGGUGUUAAAUGGCAGGGAGACUGCCAAGGUGGAGGUCAGCAAAAUGUGGUUGGAGCUUCUUGUAACACUGCCCCAUCUACAUAAUGCAGCAGUUGUUCUGUUGGGCAAUGAGCAGUGUAACAACUCCUGGAUCCAUCCUUACAUGGCUCACAAUGGUGGCUUGGUCAAAGUUGUGUUUUUAGUCUAUGACAGUCCAGAGAUAGACAAUAUUCAUUUCUAUCAGUGGCCACUUGGAGUUGCUACCUACAGAAGCUUUCCAAAUGUGAAGAGUUCUGAUGUACAGAUUGAUCAACGCAGGCAGUAUUUAUUUAAUUUUCUUGGUACAGUUUACAAAAACUCCUCCAGAGAAACUCUUCUUUGUCAGAUCAACAACAGUUCUUAUACAAAUUUAGGUUUUAUUAAACCAAGACGAGAAUGGAUGCCUAGUGAGACAGAGGAAAGUAGAGAAGAAUAUGUCCAGGUCUUGUCCAACAGUGAGUUGACCUUUAACCCUGUUGGCCUGAACACAGAAUGUUAUCGAAUCUAUGAAGCUAUGUCCCUGGGCUCAGUUCCAGUCAUUGAAGAUGUUCUAACACCUGGACUUUGUCAAGCCAGGUCUGGAGACUCACAUUUUUUUACCAGUCCACUAAGGCUUUUAAAAGAGUUCAAUGCUCCUGUUAUUUAUGUGAAAAAUUGGACUCAGGAAAUAGAUUUGUUGUUACAUAAAGAAGCGACCCUGAGUGACCUUGAGCGAAGAAUGCGUAGAAAAACAUUAGUUGAGUGGUAUAGUGGAUUUAAGAUGAGGAUGAGAGAUAGACUAGUCAAUGUUUUAUUGUCAACAUUUUUUACAAGUAGCGUCAGAUAGCAUUAGUUAAAUGUAUGUACAAACGGGUAUAAUAUGAACUGAUAUUAUGUUAUUCUUAUUCAAUGAUGUGUUCAUAAAGCAUUAGAGUUGAUUCUAUGAGAUUUAUACAUAGAAUAACAUUAGUCAACAGUGCAUUGAUCAAUAGCAUUAGUCAUUUAUAUAUUGAUUGACUUAGUAUUGUUGGAUUUCAUUCUAGCUGAUAGGUUAAAAACACUCAAACCUGAUUAUGUUGACCUGUUAGAUUUCUUGGACAGAUUUAUGAAUUGCAUUCUCCUUUCUGGAGCACAAUCAAUGAGGUGAAAAUGUGUGGCAAUAUUAUUUGAAUCUUUCAUAACAAUUUAUAUCAUACUUUGUUCACAUUACUCUCUAAAUCAUAGUGAAAUAAAAAAAAAUGCUUCUAAAUAGGUCUAUGUCAAAGAGAAAUAAAAUAAAAUACUUCUAAAUAGACCUAUGUCAUAGUGAAAUAAAAUACUUCUAAAUAGAUUUAAGUUUUAGUGAAAUAAAAUAAAAUGCUUCUAAAUAGAUAGAUGCAUAUCAAAUUUUUUUUUUUUUCAAAUCUCACUUUACAAAAAACAAUAAUUAAAUAAUUUUGUUAAAAAAUAAAAUCCACAUUUAGCUAGUACCAGUAGCAAAUUCUAUUACAAUUUUUCUAUAUAAAUAAUAUUCAUUUCCUAUACAAAUAUGGUAAUGUUCAGAAGGAGUUUGUAUAAUUUUGCCGCUUUUCUUUAUUACUUUAUUUCAUCGCUAACUUGAUUGUAUAGCAGGUGCCUUGGCGGAAUGGUAAAGCACUUGGCUUCCAAACCAAGGGGUACAGGGUUUGAAUCCUGGUGAAGACUUGGAUUUUUAAUUUCAGGAUCCUUAGGUCACCUCUGAGUCCAGCCAGCUCUAAUAGGUGCCUGACAUUAGUUGGGGAAAGUAAAGGUGGUUGGUCUUUGUGCUGGCCACAUGACACUCUCAUUAACCAUGGGCGACAGAAACUGAUGACCUUUAUAUCAUCUGCCCUAUAGAUCACAAGGCCUUAAAGGGAAUUAACAUGAUUGUAUACCCUCUUAUGCAUAGGAAAUCUCAUGGUCUAUGUUGAUUGUGAGUCUGUAAUUUAAAGAAACAGAGUUUGUUGAGUUGGGUCAUGUACAGUUAAUUGAACUUCAGUUUAAAAAAAACAACAUACUUUUGAUAUGACCAUUGUUAAUAACUUCCAAAGAGGUAAAGUUUAAACUGAGUUAUGUUCUGUUACUCCAGAGAGAUAAAUUAUUGUAGACAAUUAAACAUAACAAUUAAUGAACAGAGACUUUGUGUUGAUAAAAGUAGACAUUGAAGACUAUCAUUUUAUUACGUCACAAAAACAUUCACAAUAAAUAAUGAUAUAAUAUAAACAUAUUAGCACAUCUUUACUUUUAAAGUUCUUAAGAUUGAUUUCUACUUGCAACUUUAACAACUCGACCACUUCUGGUAGUCUUGACUGGCACAACAAGUUCUCUAGACAUAAAUCUACACAUCUGUUUCUUUCGUUAGUUUUAACAGUUGGUUGUUUGGUGUCUUCAUCUGUAUUGUAGUUCCCAGAGAACUACAUCAAAACUCUUGUUUAGAAAUCAUUGAUUUCAUCCUUAUGAUGUAUGAUCUGGGUGAAGAAUACUGUUGUGAUGGUGCAGAAGGCAGUCCACUUAUGAUACCAAUAUACAGCUCAGUUUGACCAAUGGCUGACCUGGAGCUUGAUUUGGUUAUCUUAAAACCCCAUUCAGUAGAAGACUAUAUUUAUAGCUGUUGAAUGGCAUAUUGUGGCUCACUAUUUCUUCUGGUAUGCCAUGUCUAGCAAAAUACCUUUCAGUGCCCUGAUAACACUUUCCGCUGUUUUGUCUUAAGUUCAGGAGAAAUAAUCCACUACUAGCAAGUAGUCAUUGUUCCGCCAUUCAAACUAGGGCUGCACCGGAUAAUACUUAAAAUAUGAUAAUCGGUCAGAGCCGAAUAUCUACAUGUCUUGUGUUGCUGAGCAUUUUGCAAAACUGUUAAAUAACAUACUUAUAUUCAUAAUAAUUGUUUUCUUUUUAUUUACCUACUUUAUUGCUUUAAACUCUGUUAAUGAUUGAUGAAUUAAAGCUUAACAGUAUUUAUAAACAGAUAGGCCUAUCACAAACUACUGUGUGUAUAUGUACGAGUCCACCAACUGUAAAGGGGUAUGUGGCAUGGCCAAUGUAAAAUAGGUUAAUAUAUAUUGAACUAGUUACUAAUGUAAAUCUCUCAAAGGUAAAAUGCAAUCUGGCUUUUAUAGUGUUCGCAUGUAUGUGUUCAUGAAUUUCAGACUAACAACUGGUCAUCAGGCUUUUAAUUUAAAGUCCAAGGACCGCUUCUGGUUCUGGCUUCAAGGGCUUAAUACUGAUAGUAACUGUUAAUUAACAGUUGGAAUCUGAAGCGUUGUAGGUCAAUAUUUAUUGUUUUAGAUUAAUUCAUUUGCAGUAAACAUUAUUUCUUAACCUACUUAUAGCUUAAACCUUAGAUUAUGCCGAAGUGUGACGGUGCUCGUGUACUACGUGUAUGAGUGGCUUGUUUGGUGUCUAGCCAGAAGAGGAAAAGGUGGGGUUUGGUGGUGAAAUUGGGCCUAGAAAGGGGAAAUAAUUGAAAUAAAAAAAUAAAUGAUAAUUAAUGCUAUGAUAAAAUUGAGUGACUCAGCAAGCUUUUGGGCUGUGACAUAAUGUGGUCACCUGUCUAUCUAUGAACACAAUGUUAUGGACUAAACAAACAAAUGAAGGUGGGGGUUGUUCAUCUCUAGCUCUGGAGAUAUACUUGCACAUCCAGACAUAUGUCUGGUUAGCAUGACAUAGUUAAGGAAUAUUACACGUUAACUAGCCCAUUCAAAGGUCAAGACUAAAUUUAAAAAUGUGCCAGCCAUCACUGCUUUGUAUGUAAUGCGAAUUUAAAAUGUAAAGUUUUAUUUCAAUUUAGAUGAACACACCUUGUCUUUGUACUGAAAGAUGGUGCAUAAUCAUAGUUUUAAAGCAUAUUCUUUUAUUUGAAACAUAAAUGUUAAUGUAAUUUAGAACUGACAUUAUUGAAUCAUGGCCACUUGAUGAUUAUUGGCGUAGAGAUUUAGUUUGAUGCCAUUUGACUGUUCCCUUCAUUAAAUAUUAAACUUCUUCACAUUCUUUAUCAGCGUUGACUACCCUUACCUUACGUUGUUGGCCUUUGCCUGGGUUGUUUCGUUAUUAAAGUGUUUGACGUAUCUGGAAACUUAGCGCAGAGGCACCUAACAAUAUUAAUAGAAAUAUAGGUACUACUGUGUAGUUUUUAGUAUUCGGCAGUGAUAUUUGGCAGCCGAAUAGUGAAAAUUUGCGAAUAUUCAGCCAAAGCCUAGCGACUAUCCAGUGCACUCCUAAUUCAAACAGGUCAAUUGCAACAUUUUUCCAUGGUCUGUCUAGUGCAGCAUGAGGUAGCAAUUUUUCUUAACAUUAUUGUCAAUUCCAAUUGCCUUGCACCAUAACUUAUUUCCUUGGCUUGCUUUAUAUUUAUUUCCCAGUGAAUGAACUACAUCCUUGAAAUGUUUUGAAUGACACUGCGCAGCGAAAAGAUUUUUGGCAUUUCUGUCCAUAAGCUCACGAGAUCUACCACAAGAUCUGCAAUCUCUAAUAACACUUGUUAAAGAAUUCUUUGAAAUCUUGUCAGUGACCUUUUGAAUGGCUUUCUAUCUUCUUUCUUUGAUUUUUUAGCAGUAUCUACCUGUAGUCCUUUCAUUUGGUUAUGGGUAUGCUCAUCAGCAUGAAUUAUACUCUCUCUAAAGUCAAGUCUGUGUCUCUAAGAAGUCUUACUCUCACUUGAUCUGACUGUAUGCCACAUACUAAUUAAUCUCAGAAAGGUUCAUCUUGAAGGUUGUCAAAUUUAAUUCUUUUGCCUAAUUCUUCAACUCAGUAUAAUACUGUUCAAACAUUUCACCUUCUUUCUAAUAUUGGUGUAGAUUCUAUGUUUAGAUCUAAAAAAAUGACACUGAAUUAAUAACACCACCUGAUACAAAAUAAUUAUUUAAAAGUUAAAUGCACUUUCAGGAAACACUAUCUGACACCAGCUCUUUAGACACUAGCACAUCAGGUCUAGAUCUACAACUUCUAACACCAGCUCUUUAAACACUAGCACAUCAGGUCUAGAUCUACCACUUCUGACACCAGCUCUUUAAACACUAGCACAUCAGGUCUAGAUCUACAACUUCUGACACCAGCUCUUCAAACACUAGCACAUCAGGUCUAGAUCUACAACUUCUAACACCAGCUCUUUAAACACUAGCACAUCAGGUCUAGAUCUACAACUUCUAACACCAGCUCUUUAGACACUAGCACAUCAGGUCUAAAUCUACCACCUCUGACAUCAGCUCUUUCAACACUAGCACAUCAGGUCUAGAUCUACCACUUUGGACAGCAUGUUGUGUUACCACAGAGAAAUAAAUUAUUGUAGACAAAAACAUCUACAACAAAUAAUGACAUACUACAAACAUAUUAGCACAAGCUUUAUAUAAUAAAAUGGAAAGUUCUUUCUUUGUUCUAGAGUUAGGCUGCAACAUUGUUCCAUGUAGAUUGUAGUCACUAUCAGGACUAGUUGGUUGAAGACUAAGUUCUCUUCUUGUUUUAUAUCAAUACAUUGUUUGAGGUACUUAUGUUUGUACAGGAUUGUUUUGUCUAGGCUAAUGGAGUUAAAGUGGUUAGUUACCAGUUAUAACUCUAAGUGUUUGGGUUACAUUUCAGGACAUCAGAAAUAGCUGCUAUACAUUGUUCAUUGUGAUGAAAAUGAUAACGUGUUAACAACAAUUUGGUUUUUAAUCAAAGUAAUUCACUCCUUUAAAUUCAGUCCUAAAUCUGUACAGAGUUCUAAUCAACUCUUAUUUAGGUGUAGGCCUACUAUCAUAGAGCUCCUCCUUUGUGGUCGAAGAUGAGCACAUUUUUUAUUUCCCAUGGACUCGAAGAUGACUGUAAAGUCCAAUCCUCGCUUUAAAAAGCCGGCCGCAUACGUGGCAUGGGUAGAUUUGGUCAGUUGCAGAUAGACAGAUGUGUACUGGUCUAUAUUGUAUGAGCCAGUUAUAGUCUUGUAACACUCGGUCUAGGAGUUUGCACAACUUCUAAUUCCCUCUGAUAUCAAUACAAAUUGCUCAACAUCAGUAACUGUAAGAAUGUUGCAUUAGUAUUGGGUUUCUUCUUUGGAAACUUUUGUGACACCAAUUUCUUUUUGUAGUUUUCACAUCCACAACUGUUGUAGACAAUUGAAAUCUAAAUUGACAGAAAGUCUGGGGAAAAAAAAAGACGUCAAUGGUCUGUUUUGGUAAUUAGCAUUCAUGCCAACAAUCCUAGCUGACUUUCAAAAGAAAUGUCUGGUCAUGUGUAUAUCAAUAAGAAAAAGUGAAUGUCUAGUUGUACAAUAAAAACAAAACAAUCAAAGAAUAUGAAAUGUGAAUUAGGCCUAUAUAUCAAAGAAAAGUGUUAUUAUUAUCUUAUUAUUUUAAUGACUUAUUUAUUAAUUACAUAUUUUAUACAAUUCCUUGAUCUAUUUAUUAAAUACUUUGGUUGUUCCUCAUACAAUUUUUUUAACACAUUAUUUGUAUGUGUGUUCCAGUGUGUGUGUGUGUAACACCCACCCAGCCCUACCAAAUGGUUGAAUGUUUACAUUGUUUUUAUUUAUAAAACUAUUUACACAAAUUAUUUCUAUGUUCAGAUCUGUGUGUAUAUAAGUUUGAUGCUAAUUUAUUUAUUGUUGAGAUGUUGUCACUUAAAACUAUGUUACAAUGUAAACUGAGAUUGAAGUAUACAAUUACAGUUUCACAAAACCAUA